AUGGAGGGAUAUGUCGGAUCGGCAACGGGAGCGAAGGGGCUCAUGCAACGAAUCGGGGAAUAUGUGCCGGUCAACGAAGGUCGACACAAAUCUGACGGGAAUACUCACGAGAACAUGAUCUGUCAGAAGGAUGCCAACAUGAACAUUCGCGUGUUGGCGGUUUUCCCGAGCUCAGAGCCGGGGCCCAAUGCGAGCAGUAACGCCGCAGGACGUGCCCGAGAAGAAGGCAUUUCCCAGAUGCUUCAACCAAUCAGGAUGAAGAAAAGGGUCCUGAAAUGUUCCAAUCCCGACUGUGGGCGCGACGACCUGAGGCCCAAAGAGGUCUACAACGUCGUUAAAGGCUUGCUGUUUAUGGAGAUCAUGUGCCCUGCCUGCAACAAGUGGAUGAUCCAGCACAACGGCGAGCAAAGACCGGCCGAGCAAGAAGAGAAGCGGAAGGCUCGAAAGAUUCAUUCGAAGUCAAGCCCGGAUGCCUGGAAGGCCAAAAAGGCCGAAAAGGCCAAGGAGAAGCAGGCUGCCAAAGAGGCAGCAAAGGCUGAAGAGAAGAAGAAGAAGGCUGAGGCCGCGGCCGCCGCCGCCAACAACAGCGCCGGCGGGCAAACAACGCCCAAGACCGCCGUUGCCGACGCCGCCACCACCGCCACCAAGAAGAAGAAGAAGAAGAAGAAGAAGAAGAACAAGGGCGGCCUUCGGGCCAAGAUUGAAAAAAACAAGGCCCGGCGAGAAGAGCGGCGCCGCCUCCGAAAGGAGGAAGCUGUUAAGAAGGCCGGCGAGGCCGACCCUGCCGCCGCCGCCGAGGAAGAAGAAGCUGGUGGUGCCGCCGCUGCUGGUUAG